UAAACUAUGUCCCUGUCUCUACGUCGGAAUUCUGUGCACAGAUGGCUCCAGAAUGGAGUGGCUCUACAUCGAUUAUCUUGGAGGUAGACCGACAUACCGUUGUAAAGCAACCAAUUAAAGUAUGGGAGGGUUCUUCUUCAUACGAAAAAUUGACAAACAAAAUCCAAAACUGUUUCACUGUUGAGCAGCUUAUCUUGAAGAGAUUGGGCAAUCAUCCUAGGAUCGUGAAAUAUCAUGGUUGGCAAGAUGAGCCACAGCGUCUGCGCGGCUUGAUCCUUUCCCGGGCCAGUCAUGGCAAUCUCCAACAGUAUCUCGAGCUGAAUUACGAGGCUAUCGAUAUGUGUACAAAGCAGCAAUGGUGUCGACAAGCUGUGGAGGCGGUAGCUUAUAUCCAUAGUCAGGGUGUAUGGCACUCUGACCUACGGCCAGAUAACUAUCUCGUUCAUGCGACAACGCCGACCUCGUUGGAUUUAUGGCUUUGCGACUUCGGUGGAUCUGUCUGCAAGGAAUUAAGAUUAGACGGAAAACAAUUACCUGAUCCCGGUUUCUUCGAUCCAAAUGCUGAGUGGGUGGCAUCUGUCGCGACGGAUAUCUUUAGCCUUGGGUCUAUACUGUACAGUAUCGUUACGGGGCAUUGGCCGUAUAGACGUCUUGGCCCGUUCGUGUCAAACGAGGAAAUGCUGAGCUAUGAUGAAUGGGCCGAGGGGCAAUUCAGGCGUCGAAUUUAUCCUGAUGUCAACGGGGUCUAUGCGGGCAGCAUCAUCCUUGGAUGCUGGACCAGGAAGUAUGCAAACGCGGAAGAUAUCUUGCAAACACUAGACGUAGCUUCAAAUUCAUGGCGCUCUCAUGUAUUGUAGUCUGCCUACAAAUUUGAUACUACCGCCACUUAUAUAGCCUUGUGUUCCUGUGCCGAUAUCAUUCAUUACAAAAAUUCUCGCCUGUCAAUCCUCGGCCAGGUUACAAGAUU